GCCUUCGGAGGCAAGCCCUCCGUUGGGACAGAAGACUUGCAGCUGCAAGUCACACAAGAAAAUGGAGUUUAAACCCCUGACAUGCUAACGGAAGCAAGGUUAGCCAAAGAAGUUCUGAGAAGUUGCUUUUUUUAAUGCGUUUCAAAGGAGAUUUACAAGCUGCGUUCUGUAUUGGUUGGUAUAAACAUGGGGGGAAGCUUUAUCCAUUUUUAAUCAAGCCAGAUUAAACAGAAUAUAAGGAGGGGUGUUUUAAAAGGAUUCGAUUGUAGAUUUUGAAAGUAAACUGUGGAAUCAAAGACAUGUGGAGGUUGAGGGCUUUUACUCCCUACCUUGAACAUUUUGGCUUGAACAUUUUGUCUCCUAAUUGUCUGCCUUGAAAUGUGCUUUCAUUUUGGAAUUCUGUUGCUAAAUUGGGUUUGUUUUCAAAGGCACCUGUUGAAUUAAAAAAAAAAAGUAUAGAAAUAGUUGAAGGCAGCUGAAAAGAGGUGAAGCCAUUAUGAGUUACCAGAAUGCACUUGAGUUGAACAAGGGGCCACAGCUGGGGUCAAAGAGCCCCAGAGGAACAGGAAGUGUGGCCACAGAUGAAGACCACCACCCUGCCCUGCUUGAAAACCAGCUCUGUAUGGGCGACUUUCUCAAAAUACAGAGUGCUUUUGAGCCCUCAGAACCAUGUCAAACUAUUUGCAUGUCCAGAGAAGAGUUUAUGCAAAGAAUGACAGAGACUGUUGGUUGGGGCACAAAGGAAGAAUAUGGGGAGUUCUUUGACAAAGUGGAUGUGGCCCAAGAUGGCUUCGUUAGCUGGGACAAGUUGACUUCAUUUAUGCUCUUAGCACUUCAUGAGAACGAUGAACGAGCAAAGGCAACUGUGGUUCCCCAGUGGAAAGACCUUGAACUCCUUCCAACGAAACACAAGGACAUCAUUCAAAAAGUAAUUUUCUUGAAAAGUUCAAGUCAUUAUCUGACCAUCAGUAAAGAAGGUUUAUUAGGAAUCUGGGGAGAGAAUUUAAAGCUCCAAGAAACAUUUCCCAUCACUUCAGAUGCCACCAAGCUUAAACACCUGUGGGUGACAAGUAUGGUUUCUCUGGAAAAUAUAAACAAGAUAGCAGUGGCUUUUACGAGUAAAGAGAUUUGUUUCUAUGAUCUGCUGUCCAAAGGAGAAUUUCCUUGUCAGUAUAAACUCCAAGGCCUGAAGGGAACACCGAUUUGUAUGGAAUAUUGGUAUGACGUCCUUGAUGCCAAUGAAUCGAUUCUUUCUUUUGGGGACAUAACUGGAAAGGUUCAAGCAAUUGUUUUCACGACGGCCUUGAUUUCCCUGUUUGAGCGUCCCGCUAAUGCACAUGAAGACGAAGAAGCCACUGUGACUAUUAACUGGGCAGAGCUGCUCUCUGGAUAUCACAAAUGUUGCUAUAUAUUAGAGCAUAAUCUUCAUCAUGGAGAUUGGGUCAGGCAAGUUACUUACAGUGCAUCUUUAGAUGCUAUCAUUUCCAGUACAACCAACAAUACAAACACUGUGGUGCUGGCUUGGAGAGAGAAAUCAAAAAAGCCUCUUAAAAUGACAUCCUUCAAUGUUGCCGAGGGCAUUCAUGCUUUUGAUUACCACUCUCGGCUCAAUUUAAUUGCAACUGCUGGCAUCAACAAUAAAGUUUGCCUUUGGAACCCCUAUGUUGUUUCUAAACCGGUUGGUGUCCUCUGGGGUCACUCAGCCAGCGUAAUAGCUGUCCAAUUCUUUGCUGCAAGAAAACAACUUUUCAGCUUCUCCAAAGAUAAAGUUUUGAGACUCUGGGAUAUUCAGCACCAGCUGCCCAUCCAGAGGAUAGCUUGUUCUUUCUCCAAAAGUCAGGACUUCAGAUGUCUCUUCCACUUUGACGAAGCCCACGGACGACUUUUCAUCUCAUUUAAUAACCAGCUCGGAUUGUUGGCAAUGAAAAGCGAGGCCGGCAAGAGGGUGAAGAGUCACAAGAAAGCAGUCACUUGUGUUCUUUACAAUUCAGUCUUGAAGCAGGUAAUCAGCUGUGAUGAGGGGUCUACUGUUGCCUUCUGGAUGAUAGACACUGGGCAGAAAAUCAAACAGUUUACUGGUUGCCAUGGCAAUGCAGAAAUCAGCACUAUGGCCCUUGAUGCAAAUGAGACGCGGCUUUUGACUGGCAGCACAGAUGGGACCGUAAAGGUAUGGGACUUCAAUGGAUACUGUCACCACACCCUAAAUGUUGGGCAAGAGGGAGCUGUGGAUAUUUCACAGAUUCUGGUUCUUAAGAAGACAAUACUGGUUACAGGCUGGGAGAGGGCUAUUACUGUGUUCCGUCUACAAAACUUCAAUCAAUAUUUCAUCCAGCCUGAGAAAUGGAAAGGUGGAAUACAGCACUGUGAUGAUAUCUUGUGUGCUGCAUUUUUACCUCCACAAACUCUUGUUACAGGAAGUUAUGAUGGAGAAAUUAUUCUGUGGAACAACAACACAGAAAACGCUCACUACGUCCUUCACCCUGAUUACCAGAGGCUGCUAAAAUCAAAAUGGGAUGCAGAGCCUCAGAAGCUUCUCGGUGCUGGGAGGAGCCGCUCUGCCUGCCCCAGUGCAAACCAGGCUACCCUGGGACCCUGCUCCUUUGAGACAAACACCACAUACAAUAAUGCUGUUGUGAGGCUUUGCAUCCUUGAAGCAAGAAAAAACACUGCAGAGACAGGAGGAGCUAACCUGGUCUCAUGUGGAGGUUCUGGCUAUGUCAGGUUCUGGGACACAUUUAAGAAGCAACUUCUGGCUGAAUUUUUGGCUCAUGGUGGAGUUGGAUCCAUUAUUAUGUGUACUGAUAAGUCAAACCAAUACCUUGCCACAGGAGAUCUGGAUGGACAGUUGAAAAUCUGGAAUAUAGAGGAGUACUGUCUUAAUUCCAGUAAGAGCAAAAUCACACAGGCCCCAACUCUGAUAAGAUCAUUCCGACCUCAUGAAGCCCGGAUAAGUUCCUUAGAGAUGUGUAAGCCGGGCGGCCGCCUACUGAUUAUCUCCUCCUCUGCAGACUGCAGCAUUUGUGUGACUGACGUCUUCGGUGCUCCUGUCUGGAUCUUUGGUCAGGAAAAGCACUGGCAAAUUGAAAACAGUUUUUCCCUUCCUAAAAGGGAUACUAAUGUAAUGAAAAGUGAGAGUCAAGAAGAAAGCAUAAGAGAAAUUCCUUUACUUUCUAAGGAGGAAUCAUGUUUAGACCUACCAGAACAUUCUCUACUUGAUAAGAAAAACAAAGAUGGCUCCACAUACAAUGUCAGACCAUCAGAAGUCACAAAUUUAGGUAUAAAAUAUAAGGAAAGAAAUAUCUUGAAGAAAAAAACACAUAACCUUUACAAGGGAGAAUUUAUACAAAAAUCAUCCAGUGCAUUCAGGUCAUUAAGCAUCGGAGCCCUGAAAGAGCUGCCUGAAGUGACGAAACCAGCUUUUCUUUGGGACCCGGAGAAAUAUUUCAGGGAAGAGCCAAAGGAGGAGUGUUCCCAAAUUCCAGAGCCUCCAUUGCUCUCCGAAACUUUGAAUGCUGUAUUUGAUGAGAAAAACCUGUUCCCCAAAGAAAUUCUGGAUCGUGAACGAAGAGCCAAGCAAUUAUAUCAAGAAACAAGUAGUGAAGUGAAGAUUAAAAGAAAUAAGAAGCAAUUAUAAUUGAAACAAAAAUAAAUAUUUCAUUGUCACAUAAAAUAUGAAUAUAAAAUGCAGAGAGGAAUCAAGAA